AUGCGGAUCCCGUUUACGGGCCCUCUGCCACCCCCCUUAAUCAUCCCACCCUCCGCAGUCACGAAAGAGGGCGCAGUCAGUGCCCUGACACAUUUCCUGAAAGCUCCAGCCGGGUCAGCUGCUCCUCUAUCCGAGCACGCCCAGCAGGCCAAGACCAAGACGGUGCUGCUCACAGGCGCGGGCAUAAGCGUUGCGUCGGGCCUCGCCGACUAUCGCGGCGUCAACGGCACAUAUACCCAGAACAAAUCAUACCGGCCGAUCUACUACCACGAGUUCAUCGCAAGUCACGAAUCCCGCAAGCGAUACUGGGCACGCUCCUUCCUCGGAUGGAGGGGCUUGAACCGCUCGAAGCCCAACCCCGCGCAUUUCGCCAUUGGUGAUCUGGGGACACUGGGGUUAGUGGACAACGUGGUGACGCAGAACGUGGACUCCUUCCACGGCCUGGCUCACCCGAAACUAAAGACGGUGGAACUGCACGGCUUCUUGAGAGCGCUAGUCUGCCUGAGCUGCAGAAGGCUCAUGGAUCGCGAUGUCUUUCAGCAGCGUUUGGCCGAGCUCAACCCUGCUUGGGCCGAGUUCCUGCAGCAGCUACUUGCCUCAGGCGCCCUGGAUACGGAAAACCCGGUUGAAAGAAGGAGGCUAGGUUUCAGGACGAAUCCGGACGGCGAUGCCGAUGUGCCUGGCGCGCCGUACUAUACCUUCAGAUACCCGGCUUGUCCGCACUGUCUCCGACGGCCACCCAUCCUCAAGGAUGGCAGUAAAGGACAUGUGGACGUCGAUGUGGAUGGGGCUUGGACAUCCUCGCCGUCAGGGUCAGCUCCGUCAGAGGGUGUCGGCAUACUCAAGCCCAAUGUCAUCAUGUUUGGUGAGUCGAUACCGGCUGACGUGAAGACGGCGGCAGAGGAAGCAAUUGACUCCGCGGCGAAGAUUUUGGUCGUCGGGAGCUCUCUGGCAACUUACUCGGCUUGGAGACUUGUAAAACGGGCGCACGAACAGGGCAUGGGCAUAGGGAUUUUGAACAUGGGCGGUGUUCGGAAAGAGGAGGUAUUCUUUGGAGAACUGCUCCCUGAGCGCCAUCAUGGUCGGGGCAGUGGGGAUGGGCACAAUCGCUGGGAAGCUUUGCGAAGGGAGCUCGUGCGUGCGAGUCUCCCUGCUGAGGAAAUACUGCCUCUGGUUGUGGAUGCCAUUCGCAGCUCGAGCUCGGUAUAA